UAAGGAAAUUGGAAGAGCAAGAUCGAAUACCUUAUCUAAAUAGCUUAAACCGGCACCGAAGGUUGAAACUUCUGAAUCUUUGAGCCAAAACUCCUUCAAACCCAUCUCCGAUUUUUCAUUGCACAAUGCAAAACUGCUUCUUCAAUGCCACCAUACACCGCUAAGCCUCAAAUGUCAGUUCCAAUUCGAGCUCCGACCUGGGUCUCUACACGAAGACUCGUGGAAGAAAAGCUUCAAAACCUUCACAAAUGCGCUAACCUUAACCAUAUUAAACAACUUCACGCUCAAAUCAUCAAACAGGACCUCCACAAUGAUUUGUAUAUAGCACCGAAACUCGUUUCUUCGUUGUCCCUUUGCCGUCAAAUGGGGUUGGCUAUUAAGGUUUUUAGUUAUAUUCAAGACCCUGGUGUUCAUUUGUACAAUACUUUGAUAAGGGCUUGUGUGCAGAACAACAUGAAUGUUGAAGCUUUCGGGGUUUUCUUUGAAAUGCAAAAAGAUGGUCUUUUUGCUGAUAAUUUUACGUACCCGUUUCUUUUAAAGGGUUGUAGUGGGCAAAGAUGGUUAAAAGUUGUACAAAUGAUACAUACCCAGAUACAGAAAUGCGGGUUUUUGGGUGAUAUUUUUGUGCCCAAUGCGUUAAUUGAGAGUUACUUAAAGUGUGGUGUGGUUGGUGUUAGUGCAGCUAAGAAGUUGUUUAUGUUGCUGGGUGAGAGAGAUACUGUGACAUGGAAUAUAAUGAUUUCUGGGUUGGUGAAACGUGGAGAGUUGAGUGAAGCUCGAAGACUAUUUGAUGAAAUGCCUGAUAGAGAUACGGUUAGUUGGAAUACAAUAUUAGACGGGUACACGAAGGCUGGAGAAAUGAACUUGGCGUUUGAAUUGUUUGAAAAAAUGCCAGAAAGGAAUAUCGUUUCGUGGUCGACAAUGAUUUGGGGGUAUAGUAAAGAUGGAGAUUUGGAGAUGGCAAAAUUGUUAUUCGAUAGGAUGCCAGUUAAGAAUUUGGUUCCUUGGACUAUAAUAAUAUCUGGGUUUGCUGAAAAGGGGAUGGCGAAGGAGGCAAUGAGAUUGUAUGAUGAAAUGGAGGAGGUUGGAUUGAAGCAGGAUGAGGGGGCUGUUAUUAGUAUAUUGGCUGCUUGUGCUGAGUCUGGGUUACUUAGUUUGGGGAUGAAAGUUCAUGCUUCUAUUGAGAGGAAUAGGUUUAAAUAUAGUACGAAUGUGUCCAAUGCAUUAAUUGAUAUGUAUGCAAAAUGUGGUAGCUUGGACAAGGCUAUGAGUGUCUUUAACUGGAUGCCAAAGAAAGAUGUGGUGUCUUGGAAUGCUAUGCUACAAGGACUUGCAAUGCAUGGACAUGGUAAGAAAGCACUAGAGCUUUUCUCAAGGAUGAAGCAAGAAGGGUUUGAGCCGGACAAGAUUACUUUCAUUGGUGUCUUAUGUGCUUGCACACAUGCAGGCUUCCAUGACGAGGGUGUACAAUAUUUCUAUUCAAUGGAAAGAGAAUAUGGGAUUCUUCCUCAAGUUGAGCAUUAUGGUUGCAUGAUUGACCUGUUGGGUCGAGGUGGACAUCUUAAGGAAGCUUUUAGACUUGUGCACAGCAUGCCAUUUGAACCGAAUGCUAUUAUUUGGGGUUCCCUUUUGGGAGCAUGUCGAACACAUAAUGCAGUAGAACUUGCUGAGGAGGUACUUGAUCGCCUGGUUAAAUUGGAACCAUCUGAUCCUGGGAAUUACUCUGUGUUGUCAAAUAUUUUUGCUGCAGCAGGAGACUGGGACAACGUUGCCAAUGUAAGGCUACGAAUGAGAAGUACUGGAAUUCAAAAGCCAUCGGGGGCUAGUUCUAUUGAAGUGGAUAACGAAGUCCAUGAAUUUACAGUAUAUGAUAGAUUGCACCCUAAAUCGGAAAAGAUAUACGAGAUGAUUGAUACAUUGGGUCAAGAUCUUAACGAGGCCAGGUAUGUCCCAAAGGUACCAGUAGAUGUUGGUGAACAGGCCUUUUAAAUAGAACGGGCGGUUCAAUUGUUCCUUAUGAUGCUAGCUUGUACUUGUUUGCAGUGGAAGGCAAAGAAUAUAGAACCUUGUACUAAGGUAUUCUCCGGGGAAGAAGUUUCUAGGAAUUGCUUAUCUGUGCUGUACGUAUAGUUGUUAACUGACAAUACUAUUGAAGGAAGGCAUAUGGUUUAUCAUAAUUAUUUAAAGAACCAAGGAAAGUAGUCAGUUGUUAAUGUAUGCAAGUUGUUCCUCGCGAUUUUACCCUGAUUUGGAUUGCCCCUGAACAGCUGACGUAAUUUUCUUUUUGUAUACCAAUAUAUUUAUAGCAGUUUGUUUAAGGCAACUUUUUGAACCAUUUUGAUGGGAGUUUUUGCUAGUGGUUGGUUCAGUUUAUGGUCCUAGGCAAUAUCUGUACAUCUCUGGGUGCUUGAAUUGAGUUUGGUUGCAAGCAUACAUGGCAUGCCCAAGCCAGAAUUAGAGCGUUGUCAACAGCUAUUACAAUGAAAGGCUCAGAAGCAGGUAGAUAUGGCAUAAACUCAGCCCAGAAAAGUUUGAAAUAUAUUUUUGGUUCUAAAAGAAGUGAUUGAGAGAAGCAUCAGAGCAUGAUAAUAUGUGCAAUACAAGUACCCCUGAUCGUUUUAAUGGUUGUCUUGUGCGGAGGAUGAGGAGAAGUAUACAACAGAAAAAGAUUUGAUGUUGAAAUGAAGAAAGUUCUUCAUCAUUGAGUUUUUCACGCCCAUCCAGCCGUAUACCUUACAGCUAAGUUCCAAUCAGUGGAGCCGUUAGGAGCUAAAAUAGGAGGUUCUUCACCUCAUUACAUCUAACAAUCAAGGACCUUUAGGCUGUAGCUACUAAUGCUUCUCUCUGCUGAAUAUGCGUUUUCCUGCUUGGGAUAAAAUUGUCUGAUAGGAUAAGUUGAUGACCACUGAUCAGGGAACAUCUACAGCAAUGGCAUGCAUCUUAUUCAGUUGAGUGGCAUAAGCAUAUGUGUUAUUAUCUGCAGAGUUGGAUUCAAGCCAAACCGAGCCCGAAUAAGGGCCAGCUUGGACUCUAACUCAAAUAUAAAACAGCCAGCUUUAAUGGUAAACAAUAAUGUUGGGGAAAAGAAAGAGUCGCAAGAGAAUAAGAGCUCCAGUGAGUUGUUUGAGAAGAAAAGUUUUAGUAUAGUGAUGCUAAUGAGUCCUUAAACAGUCAAAGCAUCGGUUCGAGUUUAAUUCAUUCUAACCAAAGAUGAAUUAAAACCCCCAGUUGUAGUCUUAGAUUUUGAGUUUCUGGGCAAUGUUUAUUUCAAGUGUUUUUUGUUCCUUAUGAGGAUUCCACUCUUUUGUGGAACAUUUAUUUUUUAGUUUGUCACUUAUUUCUUUUCUCCAGCAAACUUGUAAUAUGGGUCUGUGUACUCUAGCUUGGAUAAUAUUUUAUUAUUAAAAUUAAAAAUUAUAUAAAAAAUAUAUUUAUUUGAUAAUAAAUGAGUAUUUAUUAA